AUGUCCAAACGUUCUUCUCCGGAGAGCGACGAUGACUCACCUAGUGCAUCGGCUUACGAGCCAGUUCGUAACAAGCGGAGGCAUGUUGAAUUUGAACCUGUACGGAUAUGCUCUAGCGAUAUUGAUGCAAAAGUUCUAGCUGUUCAGCAUCAUAAAUUAUCAGAACGUUUUCGUCUUAAAGAACGACAAACGACACAAUUACAGCACCGGGUCGAACAAUUAGAAAGUCGGCAAGCUCAAGAUGAUGCAAUGAUGUGUACGAUUAAUCGUUUCUGGAACUUGUUUGAUGAAAAUGUCAGGACCCUGUUACAAAGGUUUGAUGCAGAAACAGCUGUGGAAGGUGAGAUUAAAAUGGAAUGUGAAGAAACUAAAAGUUUUCUUGCAAAAUUGGCUCAUUGGGAAGAUGGUGAAGCAGAAGAAAAAUUAAAACAACGGGUAGAAUUCAGUCGUCGAGCAAUUUCGAAACUCAUUCAAGUGUUUGAUCAUAUCACACAGAGAAAUGGAAAAAUUGCGGAAAUGAUAUCAUCAUGUCCAACUUCAGAUGAGGCAACAGAUGAUGGAGCUUCAACAUCUGACGAAAAACCAACAGUCAAUGCUAUGCUGGCAAGAAGAAAUGCAGAAUUAAGUGUGGAAAAUAUGAAAUUGCAAAAGAUGAUCACCAGACUUCAGUCGGAAACCCACAGUCUUUCAUCUAAAGUAUCAGCUCAAGAAGAUAGAUUAACAAUAAUGGACACUCGCAAACAAGAGAUGGAUAGCAAUUUAGAAGAGAUGAAGUAUGAAUUAGAAAAAGCCAUGCGUCGUGAAUGCAGACUUGACUUUCGUCUUGCUGAGGUAUACUUCCGGAUAGUAUCAGUUCAUUGCAUCAAAAUACAAACUUUGUUAAAGUACGUUAAAAAGACGCACGAUUUGGAAAUCAGUUUGAUGAAAGCAGCAACUCUACGUAGCCCAAAUAAUAACGCAAAUAAUACAAAGGCGGAGUCACCCACAACAACUAGUGUGAAUAAAUCGAAACUAGAAGAACUGGAGCAAAAUUUGGAAGUCCAAACUGAACUAGCCGUUUCACGUUUACAAGAAUUGCAGGAAAUGCUUGAUAAAAAUAAGAGUUUGACAAAGCAAGUGGAGAACUUGAAAAUGAAUUUGAAAAACAUUCCGACUGAAAUUAUCAGGACUUCUAUCGAAUAUACUACUUUGCAGUCGCAAUUUUCUUCUUUGUUCGUGGAAGCAAAUCAAAUGAGGCAACAGAUUGAUGCUGCGAAGUGCCAUUUAGCGACAUUACGCGCUGCUCAUGCUAAACAGAUAGAAGUUAUGGAGAGUGAAGAGUGUCAAGCUCGUGAGCAGAUGCAGGACACUAUGAAUAGGCAUGAGGAAGAAUUGUAUCAAGUACGGAGAGAAUAUGAAAUGUUGCGGCUAGAAUUUGAACAAAAUCUUUCAGCUAAUGAACAAACUGGACCUUUAAAUAAGGAAAUUCGUUUGAUGCUUGCAUCAUCGAAAGCUGAAAACCAACAGCUUAAGCAGGAGGCAAAUCGUUUCAAGCGGAAAUGGAAAGAAGCAGUUUCUUCAUUAGCUAAAUGUAAUAAAGAGUUGGAAGGCGAAAGACGUUAUCGUGAAAGAUGCUUGCUAAUUGAAAUAGAAGAUGAUAACGAUACUCUGGCAUCGCCAGAUCAGGAGAAAAAUGUUACGGGAUCUUCUGAUGUAGCGUUAUAUGAUGGCGGAAGUUGUGAGUGUAAUGCUGAUGUUGACUGUGAUAAUGAUGUUGGAACACAACCGAAUAGAGUGAUUCAGAAGCUGAAGAAGAAAAUUAUUGACUUGCAGUUGAAAAUAGACGCUUUAAAUGCGUUGACUGUUGAUCAAAGAGAGCGAGUCGAGUUGCUUACACGAGAGAAAAGACUAAAACUCGAAAAUGAAAAACUACAGUCUCAUAUUAAAAGGCUUGUUGGUGCAGAUCACCGAGAGAGAAUGAAAUAUUAUUCAGAUGAUGCACAGAAAAAAAUAAAAAGUCUUGAAGAAGCAGCAGAUCGCCUACGUAAGGAAGCACAUUCAGCAAGGCAAGAAGAAGAAGGGCUCAUGAAUGAUGUUGAAACUACAGGACAAGCAUUCGAAGAGAUGCAGGAACAAAAUACAAGAUUGUUACAACAACUCAGGGAAAAGGAUGAUGCGAAUUUGAAGCUAAUGGCCGAGCGAAUUCGUGCAAAUCAAUAUCAGAAAAAAAUGGGCGAAGAAAGAGAACGUACAGAAGAACGUAUUAGUAGUUUGCAGAAUCAAAUUGAAGCCCAACAGCUUAUGAUAUCAAAAUUAGAAGAGACAGAGAAACUUUUAAGGCAGAAGAAUUCGCACUUGGAGCAUCAAUUAAGGUUGAUCGAACAAGCAAAUGAUAUGCAUAAGCGAAAGGCAAUCGAGUAUUCACAAACAUCAGCUGAUUAUAAAGCUCAACUAGAGAAAUGUAGCAGUCAACUGAGUGAUGCGCAACAGGCUGUGACUACGAAAACUUCUCAACAAGAAGUAGAUUCGUUUAAAAUCAAACGCCUUGAAGAAGAAAAAAGUGUUUUGAGAAAGAAGUUAGAACGAGCGAAAAAAAUGGAGAAAAUGGAAAAUUGGGAUGAAGUGCUCAAUGAAGAAAUAAGGGAACUUAAAGAUCUUUUAACGUGUCCAUCUUGUAAAGUACGACGAAAGGAUGCUGUGUUAACAAAAUGUUUCCAUGUAUUUUGCAUGGAAUGUAUGAAGACACGUUAUGAGACGAGGAGACGCAAAUGCCCAAAAUGUAAUGCUGCUUUUGGUGCAAACGAUUAUCGUCGGAUGUAUUUUACAUAG